CUCCUUCACACCAGAAUGCUUGAAUCAAACAGCAGUUAUGUUAAUGUCCAUAAGAAUGCAUGUCACAGUGUAUACCUGUACAGAACCAUCAUCCUGCUCAUUACCUUCUGUUUUACUUUACUUGGAAUUGUGAUUCUCCUAAUUAAAUCUCGGAUCCUCUAUAAGAAACUAGUGACUCUGACUGGAUUUCUUGGAGACCAGCAGUGGGCAAAGAUCAGCAUGAUUGAGAGGAGAAUCUUCCUCUAUCCUACAGCUUUUCUGUUUUGUUGGGGACCAGCAACCAUUCUGGCCGUGGUUAAGCUGUUGAACCCAAAGGACAUGCCUUCUCUUUAUGCUAUACUCUAUAGCUUACAGGCAUUCACUGCUCCAUCUCAGGGACUGCUGAACUGCAUUGUGUAUGGUUGGACACAGAGAAUGCUCCGUCACAUGAGACAAAAGGCUCGUCGUGACAUUGAUACACAGACUCCACUCCUGCGUUCUCAGAAGCAAUCAUACUGUAGCGUG